AAAAACACCGGGCUACCCUUCAUCUCUCUUUCUUUCUCUCUCUCUCUCUCUAUACUCAAGUUAUCUGAUCUCGCCGGCACUCGGCAGAGACACUAAAAAUAAACACACAAAAAAGAGAGAAAUUUUAGGAAAGCGAGUUUCUCAUUCCUCAUACCUUCCUCUCUCUCUGCAUUUUCCAUAGAUCGAUUAAUAUUGGUCAGUACAACCAACACAGUAAAAUAAGCCAAAAAGCGAGAAAACAAAAAUGUCUGAGGAAGAGAAAUUGUUGAAGGAGGCGAAGAAAUUGCCUUGGGAAGAUCGAUUGCUACACAAGAACUGGAAGGUCAGGAACGAAGCCAAUAUCGACUUGGCCGCGCUAUGCGAUUCCAUCGCAGAUCCCAAGGACUCUCGCCUUCGCGAUUUCGGUCCGCUUUUCAAGAAGACUGUUGCGGAUUCCAAUGCGCCGGUGCAAGAGAAGGCGCUCGACGCUUUGAUUGCGUUUUUACGAGCUGCCGAUUCCGAUGGCGCUAGGUAUGCCAAGGAAGUAUGCGAUGCAAUUGUGGCGAAAUGCCUCACUGGAAGGACGAAGACAGUGGAGAAAGCUCAGGCGGCAUUCAUGCUUUGGAUAGAAUUGGAGGCAGUCGACCAGUUUUUGGAUGCAAUGGAGAAAGCAAUAAAGAACAAAGUUGCCAAAGCUGUUGUGCCUGCAAUCGAUGUUAUGUUUCAAGCCUUGAGUGAAUUUGGAGCAAAAGUUGUUCCCCCAAAGAGAAUUCUGAAGAUGCUACCUGAACUCUUUGACCAUCAAGAUCAAAAUGUUCGUGCAUCCUCUAAAGGACUGACUCUUGAGCUAUGUCGUUGGAUUGGGAAAGAUCCUGUAAAAUCAAUACUCUUUGAAAAAAUGCGGGAUACAAUGAAAAAAGAGCUGGAGGCUGAACUUGUAAAUGUUACGGUCACAGCUAAGCCAUCUCGCAAAAUAAGAUCUGAACAAGAUAAAGAGCCAGAGCAGGAAGCUAUAUCUGAAGUUGUGGGCCCUGGUCCGACUGUAGAAUCUUCAGAUGAUGCUCCGCAAGAAAUAGACGAGUAUGAGCUUGUUGACCCUGUUGAUAUAUUGACUCCUCUUGAGAAGUCUGGAUUUUGGGAUGGAGUGAAAGCUACCAAAUGGUCAGAACGAAAGGAGGCUGUAGCGGAACUUACCAAGCUUGCCUCAACGAAAAGAAUAGCACCUGGUGAUUUUACAGAAGUUUGUCGAACAUUGAAGAAGCUUAUUACGGAUGUGAACAUUGCUGUUGCAGUUGAAGCUAUUCAAGCUCUUGGCAAUCUUGCCCGUGGUCUUAGAUCGCAUUUUUCUGGGAGUUCACGCUUUUUAUUGCCAAUUCUUCUUGAAAAACUGAAAGAGAAGAAGCCUACAUUGACGGAAGCACUUUCUCAAACUCUCCAAGCAAUGCACAAGGCUGGGUGCUUAAAUCUUGUUGACAUUGUUGAAGAUAUUAGGACUGCAGUAAAAAACAAAGUGCCUUUGGUGCGAUCUCUAACCUUGAACUGGGUUACAUUUUGUAUUGAAACAAGCAACAAGGCUGUUGUUCUAAAGGCGCACAAGGAUUAUGUACCCAUCUGUAUGGAGAGCCUCAAUGACGGGACCCCUGAUGUGAGGGAUGCAGCCUUUUCAGCCUUGGCAGCAAUGGCUAAGUUGGUUGGCAUGAGGCCUUUGGAAAGGUCAUUGGAGAAACUUGAUGAUGUUCGGAGAAAGAAGCUUUCUGAAAUGAUUGUGGGUUCUGAAGCUGGUGUGUCCACUAAUACGAGCUUAGUCACAGUCCAAACUUCAGGUGGAAGCAUGCCCUCUUCAGUGGCUUCCGAAGGUGCAUUUGUGAGAAGGUCAGCAGCUAGCAUGCUUAGUGGGAAGAGGCCUGUCCAGGCAGCUCCUGCUAUAAAGAAGGGUGGCUCUGUAAAACCGGGUGCUAACAAGAAAAGUGAUGGAACUGGACAACAAAAAUCUUCCAAACCAAUUGAGCCUCCUGAAGACAUUGAGCCAGCAGAAAUGAGCCUUGAAGAGAUUGAAAGCAGAUUAGGUUCUAUUCUACAGGCAGACACUGUUUCUCAAUUGAAGAGCACUGUAUGGAAAGAACGACUUGAGGCAAUUUCCUCAUUGAAACAACAAGUGGAAGGUUUACAGGGCCUUGACCAAUUUGUAGAGAUUUUGAUUCGUUUACUUUGUGCUGUGCCGGGUUGGAGUGAAAAAAAUGUUCAGGUUCAGCAACAGGUUAUUGAAGUUAUUACUUACAUAGCUUCUACAGCGAAAAAGUUUCCAAAGAAAUGUGUAGUACUUUGCUUGUUGGGUAUAAGCGAACGGGUAGCAGAUAUCAAGACCCGUGCUUAUGCCAUGAAAUGCCUUACUACUUUCUGUGAAGCAGUAGGUCCGGGCUUUAUUUUUGAAAGACUUUACAAAAUCAUGAAGGAGCACAAGAAUCCUAAGGUUCUCAGUGAAGGAAUAUUGUGGAUGGUGUCAGCUAUUGAGGACUUCGGUGUAUCACAUUUGAAACUUAAGGAUUUAAUUGAUUUCUGUAAAGAAACUGGACUACAGUCUAGUGCGGCUGCCACUAGAAAUUCUACAAUUAAGCUAUUGGGCAUUGUGCAUAAAUUUGUUGGUCCAGAUAUUAAAGGGUUUCUUACGGAUGUUAAACCUGCACUGCUUAGUGCGCUUGAUACUGAGUAUGAAAAGAAUCCCUUUGAGGGUGCUUCUGCAGCUCCAAAGAGGACUGUUAGGGCAUCUGAGUCCAAUUCGUCUGUAUCAGUUAGUGGGCUCGAUGGCCUGCCACGUGAAGAUAUCAGUGGAAAGAUCACCCCUGUGCUACUUAAGAGCUUGGAAAGUACUGAUUGGAAGGUUCGUUUGGAGUCAAUUGAAGCCGUGAAUAAGAUUUUGGAAGAGGCAAAUAAGCGAAUUCAACCAACUGGAACAGUUGAGUUAUUUGGGGCCCUUAAAGGGCGUCUAUUGGACAGCAACAAAAAUUUAGUCAUGGCGACCUUAACGACUAUUGGUAGUGUUGCCUCUGCAAUGGGACCAGCUGUUGAGAAGUCCAGCAAGGGCAUUCUGUCAGAUGUUUUGAAAUGUCUUGGUGACAAUAAGAAGCAUAUGAGAGAAUGCACUUUGACUACCUUAGAUUCCUGGCUUGGUGCUGUUCAUCUUGAUAAAAUGGUUCCUUACAUCACAGCAGCAUUGACAGACACAAAGCAUGGGACAGAGGGGCGUAAGGAUCUUUUUGAUUGGUUGACGAGGCAACUCUCUGGAUUAAGUGAUUUUUCUGAUGCAAUACAUCUGUUGAAACCAGCAUGUUCUGCUAUGACGGAUAAAUCAUCAGAUGUUCGAAAGGCGGCAGAGACAUGCAUUAAUGAAAUUUUGAGAGUUAGUGGACAAGAGACGGUUGAAAAGAUUCUUAAAGAUCUACAUGGACCAGCUUUGGCUCUUGUUCUUGAACGGCUGAAACCUGGUGGGGCUUUCCAAGAAUCCUUUGAUUCAGCGAAAGCAAUUUCAAUGGGGCCAACAUCCAAAUCCAGCUCAAGGGUUGGAAAAUCUACUUCAAAUGGUGUAAUGAAGCCUGGAAACAGAGCUAUGUCCUCGAGAGUCGUUGCAACGAAGGGGUCAAGGACAGAGCUAUUGUCUGUUCAAGAUAUAGCUGUCCAGUCACAGGCAUUGUUAAAUGUCAAGGACUCAUCUAAGGAGGAUCGGGAGAGAAUGGUAGUUCGUAGGUUCAAGUUUGAAGAGCCACGUAUAGAACAGAUUCAAGAUCUUGAGAAUGAUAUGAUGAGGUACUUCAGAGAAGAUUUACACAGGCGGCUUCUAAGUACAGAUUUUAAGAAGCAAGUGGAUGGGCUUGAGAUGCUGCAGAAGGCGCUUCCAUCCAUGACAAAGGAAAUUAUUGAAGUUUUGGAUAUACUUCUGAGGUGGUUUGUGUUGCAGUUCUGUAAAUCGAACACAACAUGCCUUUUGAAGGUGUUAGAAUUUCUUCCCGAACUUUUUGAUACCUUGAGGGAGGAGGCCUACUCUUUGACUGAAUCUGAAGCAGCCAUAUUUCUUCCAUGCUUAGUUGAGAAGUCAGGGCAUAAUAUUGAGAAAGUACGAGAAAAAAUGCGGGAGCUGACCAAACAGAUUGUAAACAUAUAUUCUGCAUCAAAAAGUUUCCCUUAUAUUUUGGAGGGUUUGCGAUCAAAGAACAACCGUACUCGGAUAGAGUGUGCUGAUCUUGUUGGAUUCAUCAUUGAUCAUCAUGGAGUUGAGAUUAGUGGGCAAUUAAAAUCAUUGCAAAUUGUUGCGGGCUUGACUGCAGAACGAGAUGGUGAAAUUAGGAAAGCAGCAUUAAAUACGCUGGCUACUGGCUAUAAGAUUCUUGGUGAGGACAUAUGGAGAUAUGUCGGGAAGCUAACAGAUGCGCAGAGAAGCAUGCUAGAUGAUAGAUUUAAGUGGAAGGUUCGAGAGAUGGAAAAGAAGAAGGAAGGUAGGCCUGGUGAAGCUAGAGCUGCUUUAAGGCGUUCUGUCAGGGAGAAUGGGUCUGUACCUGCUUUUAAUGCUUGGAUGUCUGAUGUGGCAGAGCAAAGUGGGGAAGUUUCACGAUCUGUUUCAGGCCCAAUAAUUACAAGUUCCAGGAAAAACUAUGGCCAUACUGAACUUCUCGUGGACCAACAGUUGUUGCCCCAUACCCUUGCUAGUGCCAAUGGCCCCACAGACUGGAACGAAGCUCUGGAAAUCAUUUCUUUUGGUUCUCCUGAGCAGUCUGUUGAAGGAAUGAAAGUUGUGUGUCAUGAGUUGGCACAAGCCACUAGUGAUCCAGAUGGCAGUGCAAUGGAUGAACUUGUGAAGGAUGCAGAUAGGCUGGUUUCUUGCUUGGCUACCAAGGUAGCAAAGACUUUUGACUUCAGUCUGACCGGCGCCUCUUCAAGGUCUUGUAAAUAUGUCCUGAACACGCUCAUGCAGACGUUUCAAAAUAAAAGACUUGCUCAUGCUGUCAAUGAGAGCACUCUUGACAGUCUCAUCACUGAGCUUCUGCUUUGGCUUUUGGAUGAAAGGGUUCCCCAUAUGGAUGAUGGAAGCCAACUCCUCAAAGCUUUGAAUGUUUUGAUGCUUAAGAUUCUGGAUAAUGCGGAUCGAACUUCAUCAUUUGUUGUCCUGAUUAAUCUCUUAAGCCCUUUGGAUCCCUCAAGAUGGCCUUCACCUGCAUCAAAUGAGUCCCUUGCUUCAAGAAAUCAGAAGUUCUCUGAUUUGGUUGUUAAAUGCUUAAUCAAACUUACAAAGGUUCUUCAAAGCACUAUAUAUGAUGUUGAUCUUGAUCGCAUCCUUCAAAGCAUCCAUUUAUACUUGCAAGACUUGGGGAUGGAAGAAAUCAGGAGGAGAGCUGGUGCUGAUGACAAACCGUUACGAAUGGUGAAAACUGUUCUUCAUGAACUAGUGAAGCUUCGUGGAGCUGCAAUAAAGGGUCACCUUUCUAUGGUUCCUAUUGAUAUGAAACCUCAGCCAAUUAUUCUUGCCUACAUUGACCUUAACCUUGAGACUUUAGCUGCGGCAAGAAUGUUGACCUCAUCAGGUCCUGGGGGCCAAACUCAUUGGGGUGAUUCAGCAGCCAACAAUCCAUCCUCUGGCACUCAUUCUGCUGAUGCACAGUUGAAGCAAGAACUUGCUGCUAUAUUCAAGAAAAUUGGUGACAAGCAAACAUGCACCAUUGGUCUAUAUGAGCUAUAUCGCAUAACUCAACUAUACCCAAAGGUUGAUAUAUUUGCUCAGCUCCAAAAUGCUAGUGAGGCAUUUCGCACAUACAUUAGAGAUGGUUUAGCUCAGAUGGAGAAGAAUGCAGCAGCUGGAAGGACUCCCUCAAGUUUGCCAAUGUCAACCCCUCCUCCAUCAGCCUUAACAAUUUCUUCGCCUGAAUUUGCUCCUCUCUCCCCUGUACACACAAAUGCUUUAAAUGAUGCAAAAUCCUUGAAUAUUAAAUCUGAUCCAACAAACUUUAAUCUACCACCUUCAUAUAUUGAGGACAACAGGGCCAUGAAUGCCCUUACUUCUAGGGGAAUCACCUCAGAGAACUCAUUGGGGGACCAAAGAAAUGACAGAUUUAUAACUGGAGUAAACAGUGGGACAUUAGAUGCAAUCAGAGAAAGGAUGAAGAGCAUGCAAAUAGCAGCAGCAGCUGGUAACCCAAACACAGGAAGCAGGCCUCUAAUGUCCAUGAAUGACAACUCAAGCCAGGGACUUUCUAGUCAAAUUCCCCAUGCAUCAGACUGCUCUGGUGUAGAGAAUACGGUGCAGAGUGGGGUUCUUCCUAUGGAUGAGAAAGCGUUGUCUGGGCUUCAAGCCAGGAUGGAGAGGCUUAAAAGUGGGUCAAUUGAACAUGUGUAGAAAAACAAUUGGAGUAAAGAACGAGUAUUUUGUCAUCUUAUUCAUCACCCUGCUUUGUAAAUGGAUUGAGAGCCAGAAUGCAUUGAAAGGCAGUUGCCUCCAGUACAUAUAUAGUUGGGAUCUGUAUUGAGUUUCCCCUAUCCAGUUGAUGUCAUGGCAACCUUCGGUUUAGUUGCAGAGCUCUGCGGAAAGUAGCACUUUUUGGCCAGUGCUAAUGACUUUUAACGUUUCUGCGUAUAAUUGUAUAUUGUAGUUAAAUAUUCUUUUUGCAGAUGUGCCUGAUUUUCUUUUAUUUAAAACAAGUGUACUAACUCCUUAGUGCAGUUUGAGUAUAAAUUUCUGUAUUUGAUGUGUUAUUUCUGGCACAAGGAAAUUUUGAUUGAAAUGAACAGUGAUGUAUACAAAUUAUUCUUCCAAGUAAUGGCCAGCAUUAUCUUGCAUUGAAAA